AUGCACCAGAUUGGUCGGACCGCCAUUGGAACAGCAAUUGCCCUGAAGAUAGCAAAGAGCGGGUACAAGAAAGGAUCACUAAAUCGAUCUGGAUCGAUUGCCGCUUUUGCCGUCGCCGCCGCUGCCUUUAGCUGUUCAUUUCGAUGUGGCGCGACGCUGAUAUGUUUCUAUGCUACUGGCAGCAAGCUCACGAAGGUUGGAGCUUCCACAAAGAUGAAGUUAGAGGACGACUAUGCUGCUGAGGGAGACCGUGGCGCUAAGCAAGUGUUGGCUUGUAGCCUAUUCGCUGUGCUUUGUGGCAUAUUGAGGCGGAUCUUUGUUGGGGUGGACUCUCCGCUAAGCAUGGCGAACUUUGGAUAUCAAGGCAACCGUUUGACACUCGCUUAUGUCGCCUUUUUCGCCUGCUGCGCUGGAGAUACCUGGGCCAGUGAACUUGGAGUAUUGGCCAAACAACCCCCACGACUUGUAACGAUGCCGUGGCGCACAGUUGUACCAGGAACCAAUGGCGGGGUUUCCUUGGCCGGCACUCUGGCGAGCGCCACUGGAGGGGCAGCAAUGGGGCUCUGCCACGGAUUAUUGCUUCCGCUAGCUCCUGGUCAGUGGAUUCGGGACACAUACAUGCUGACGGUUGUCGGGCUUGCGUCUGGGUUGUUUGGGUCUCUACUUGACAGCCUGUUGGGAGCAACCCUGCAAGCUACAUACUACGAUACCAAGAGACGCAUAGUCGUCAAGAAAAAGAACUCUCCGAACACGGAGAAUUGCGGUGGAUGGGCCUUCUUUUCCAAUGAGGCUGUCAAUGUUGUCUCCACCAUUGCAACCGCGGUCCUGGCCGCUCUUUGGACUCCCUUUAUCCUCCAAUCAAUCAGCUAG